AUGUCAGACUCCAAAAAACAAACGUCUUCAGCACUCGAUGUCGACAACAGCGCUGACAAGGAAGCUGCCAAGUUUGGAUCGCGUCUCUUGAACGAUAAGGAAGCCGUCUUCGAUCACAAUGCAUGGGAUCAUGUCGAAUGGGAUGCUGAACAAGAAGCCUACGCUCAAGCACAAAUUGCCAGACAUAAAGGAGCCCCUGUACCCGAGGAAGAACAAGACCAAUACCAUGAACAUGCACCCGACUUUUGGAACAAGUUUUAUGAGAAGAAUGAGAAUCGUUUCUUCAAGGAUCGUAACUGGUUACGUAUCGAGUUUCCUGAGAUCUUCAAUACCACUCAUAGCGAUGCAGGAAGGCAACAUAUUUUCGAGAUUGGUUGUGGAGCUGGCAACACCUUAUUCCCAUUACUACAGCAAAGUCAAAAUCCGGAUCUAUUCGUAUAUGCAGCUGAUUUCUCGAGCACAGCAGUACAAGUCGUCAAGAGCAAUCCAUUGUAUGAUACUUCAAGAGCCAAUGCAUUCGUAUGGGAUCUUGCUAGCCCCACUAUUCCUGAAGCUAUUGAACCAGGUUCAUUGGAUAUCGUCGUCUUGAUCUUUGUGUUGUCCGCUUUAUCACCAGAACAAUGGGAACAAGCCAUCAAGAACAUACAUACAAUGCUUAGACCAGGUGGAUUAGUGGUAUUCAGGGAUUAUGGUCGAUACGAUCUUGCACAACUGAGGUUCAAGGAAAGACGCAUGUUGAGAGAAAACUUUUAUAUUCGUGGCGAUGGAACGCGCGUUUACUUUUUCACCCCGGAUGAGAUUGCGGAUAUGUUUACGGCUCAAGCUCCAGGUCAAGGAUUCACUGUGGAACAAAAUGCCGUGGAUCGGCGUCUUAUCGUUAAUCGAAGCAAAAAGCUUAAAAUGUAUCGCGUAUGGCUCCAGGGCAAAUUUAGAAAGGUGUAA